AUUCUAACGAUAUUUUUCAUUUGUUUCAGCCUCAAACAAUGUCAUCUUAGAUCACGGACGGAAACAACAUUUAAAUACGAACGAACGAACGACCAAACGGACUAUUAAUACUGUGUUCAUUGUUUAAAAUGACUCUGAACGCGCCCUAAGAGAAAGAGACGGAGCUGGUUACCAAAAUAGCGCGUUCAGAAAUAGAAAAAAAAUGGCCUCAGUUGGUGGCGGGACGGCGGCGGGCACGGAACGCUCGUGGUGGACGACAACAUGGAGCGCCAUGGCUGACCUCGCCGAGGCCGUCGACGAUCUGAUAUGCAGCUUCGAUUAUAUGGACACAGCCAUGGAUAACCUAGUCAUGCUUAUCUUCAUCUGGCUACUUUUCUCCAUAGUCCUUCUCGGCAUAGCGAAAUGGGCUUACAGCCGCUUCAAGCCCAAAGCUGUUGAAUCAGAAAAGCCAAAAGAAGAACCUAAAUCAACGAAAUCUACGGCUAGUGAGAUCGUUAACAGCGCUGAUACAGUGUUGGCUACUACGGCUAAAGUUAAAAGUGCUACGUUUAACUCGUUCAAGCCGAAGCCUAGUGGAUUUGUGCCAGCUACACCGCCAAAUAAGCGCCGUUUAGGACGCAUGUCCCCUGGCCCCGAAGCUUUGCACAAGAAGCACCAAAGCGUCAUAGUACCGACGUGCACGGGCCCCGAUCCGCCGAGCGUACAGUGGGUGAACGACUUGUUGACGUGGUUAUAUAAUGAUCUGGUUAUUGUGAACGAACUAGUGCAGCAAUGGAUUGUGUCCAUGAACGAGUUUUCGAAGAAGUCCGUGGAGGAGCAAGGCAUCGGAGUGGAGCUGGUGCGCGCGUUGGACAGCAACCCGCCCAACGUAUCCAACGUGUUCUGCGAGUGCGACUCUAAGGACGACGUGACCAUCACGUGUGACUGCGAGGCAACACCGGCCUUCCAGCUCAAAGCCUUCAGCCAACGAGGGGAGAAGGUGGAGGUGUCGCACUAUCGAGUUAAUGUUAACAGGUUCCGUGCUCGCCUCAACGUAGUCUGCAUAACAGAAAAGUUGACGGGAGAACUACGAUGCGACGGUUGGCCAGAGGUCAAAGUGGCGCUGGCCGCCGUGGGACCACUGAAGACGUCCUCCAAUGAGGCAAACCUACAGCAACUUGUCAGCGACAUCGUGGUGAAUGCGCUGCGAAGCACGCAGCUAUCGUUUAAUUUAUCCCACUACCCCACGUGUCCGAGGCUGCGAAGACACUUUGACACGUCGCCGCGGUUGCCCCUCCACUAUGAUUCCAUGGUGAGUAGAAUAAUAUAGUCAAUGAUACAGUCACUA